AUAAUGAACGGCGCUGCAACAGUAUCAGCGCGCUGACCCGCGCUUUCUCCGCACUGUUUACAACCUCAAGCUGGGAUACAAUGCGGAUGGGAGGAGGGGACAAGAAGCGUCUUGCAGGCGAGAGCGGGCUACACAGCGGGAAACGAGCCACUUGCGCAGAAGCCGAGCCCACAGAAUUUACCCGUGGCUCUGGCACCAGGCCACAGGCCCCGAGGGGGCUACACUGGCUUUAGGAUCGGCAGUUUAAUGCACAGUCGGGGAUCCAGCCUCUUAAGAGUUUUGUUCAGUAGGCGCGGAAAAGGGGUUAGGGUUUAGAAAACGGCAUUGUCUGGCGGCUCCGGGGAUUCUGAGACCGCGACCGGGAGACCUCACGCUGAGAACAGCACAUUGGAGCGUGGGCCGGGGCGUUUUCGUGCGGGAGGGGCGCGCGCGCCGCUCCUCAGCAACGGCGCAUGCGCCUGCUCGCCUUCCCGCACGGCCGCACAACUUCGCGGGCCCUCCUCUUCCAAUCGGAGCGCCGGAUUCUCCGAGCUGCAGCCCAUCUAACCUGUAAGCCACAGACAUCUGGGACAGGUGUAAUCCUCAAUAACAAAAGUACACCAUUCAGAAACAGUGGGCUGUUUUCAAAGAGGUGGAAGAGACUUACCAUGAGUUUAAACACUUCAAGUAAUGCCCCUAGUGACACCCAAAGGUUGAAGAAUGCCUCAUCUGAUGUAAAACAAAUGUUUAAAAGUGAAGCAGACUUGGACAUUACUGCUGAUCUCAGAAAGAAACUCCAUCGGGCUAAGAAAGAAAAAUUAGAAAUAACAACUAAGCACAAUGCAGAGCUGGCAAGCUACGAGAGCCAGAUUGCCAAGCUGCGAUCUGAGGUUGAAAAAGGAGAGGCAUUGCGACAAAGCCUGGAAUAUGACCUGGCCGUUGCUAGAAAGGAAGCUGGUCUCGGGAGACGGGCUGCUGAAGAAAGAUUAGCUGAGGCACAUAGGAUCCAAGAAAAACUCUGUGCUCAGAACGCAGAACUUCAAGGAAAGGCUAAUGAGAUCGAGAAGGCAUUCCAGACUUCCCAGCUGAAGUGGAAAGAAGAAUGCAGAAAAUUUGAACAUGAUUUGGAGGAAAGAGACAAUAUAAUUCAAAAUUGCAACCGAGAAUAUGAUUUACUUAUGAAAGAAAAAAGCAGACUAGAGAAAACUGUACAGGAAACGUUGGAAAAACAUCAGCAGGAGAAGAAUGACAUGGAGUCUCAUAUCAGGGAGACAGCACUGGAGGAGUUUAGAUUACAAGCAGAACAAUGGGAAGCAGAAAGAAGAGAGUUACAAUUUAUAGUACAGGAGCAAGAUAAUGCUGUACAAAAUAUGCACAAGAAGGUAGAAAAAUUAGAAACUGAGCACAUGGACUGCUCUGAUCUUCUACGGCGACAAACGAGUGAACUUGAAUUUAGCACUCAACGAGAAGAACGUCUUAGAAAAGAAUUUGAGGCAACUACUCUAAGAGUGAGGAAAUUAGAAGAAAAUAUUGAAGCAGAGAGGGCCGCACAUUUGGAAUCAAAAUUUAAUUCUGAAAUUAUUCAGUUACGGAUUCGAGACCUGGAAGGCGCUUUGCAGGUAGAAAAGGCCAGCCAAGCAGAAGCUGUUGCAGAUUUGGAAAUGAUCAAGAAUGAAUUCAAAGAAGUUGAAAGUGCAUAUGAGCGAGAAAAGCAUAACGCACAAGAGAGCUUUGCAAAACUGAGUUUAUUAGAAAGAGAGUAUGUCUCCAAAAACAAGAAACUAAAUGAAGAGAUCGAGGAACAGAAGAAAGUAAUUAUAGACCUUUCAAAGAGACUCCAGUAUAAUGAAAAAAGUUGCGGUGAAUUACAGGAAGAACUUGUAAUGGCUAAGAAGCACCAGGCCUUUCUAGUAGAGACAUGUGAAAAUAACGUGAAAGAAUUGGAAUCGAUCUUGGACAGCUUUACUGUGUCGGGCCAGUGGACAUCAGGUGCACUCACUGUCCAAAUCCAACCGGAAGGCAGAGGGCAGAGGAGCCCAGAUCAUGCAGUCUGUAGAGGCAUCCACAAGGACAAAGAUAAACCUCCCAGCUUCUCUGUUGUCCUUGAGACUUUGAGGCGUACCUUGACAGAUUACCAGAACAAGCUGGAAGAUGCAUCUAAUGAGUUAAACAGCAUGAAUGAUGCUAAGGAAAAGGCAUCGAGUGAACUUGAUUCUACCAAACAGAAGAUAGAAUCUCACACUAAAAAUAUAAAGGACCUUCAGGAAAAACUGGCCGAUGUCAGUAAAGAGUUAAGUCAUUUACGCACUAAAUGUGCAGACAGAGAGGCUCUCAUAAGCACGUUGAAAGUGGAACUACAGAAUGUGCUGCACUGUUGGGAGAAAGAAAAGGCUCGAGCAGCGCAAUCGGAGAGUGAACUGCAGAAGCUUGCCCAGGCUUUCCAGAAGGAUACCGAGGAGAAGCUAACCUUUCUUCAUACCUUGUAUCAGCACUUGAUAGCAGGCUGUGUGCUCAUGAAACAACCAGAAGGCAUGCUGGAUAAAUUCUCUUGGACCGAGCUUUGUGCAGUCUUGCAGGAGAAUGUUGAUGCCCUGAUCGCAGACCUCACCAGGGCUAAUGAGAAGAUAAGUCACCUGGAGUAUAUCUGUAAAAACAAGUCUGAUACGAUGAGAGAACUUCAGCAGACCCAGGAAGACACCUUUAACAAAGUGGCCGAGCAGAUCAAAGCCCAGGAGAGCUGCUGGCACAAACAAAAGAAGGAACUGGAGCUGCAGUACUCUGAGCUCCUGUUGGAGGUACAGAGGAGGGCACAGAAAUUUCAAGAAAUUGCUGAAAAAAAUAUGGAAAAAUUGAAUCGUAUUGAGAGGUCACAUGAACAGUUGGUUCUUGAAAAUUCACGCUUCAAAAACAUGUUAUCACAGACUCAAAGGGAACAAACAUCCUUGCUGGCAGCCUGUGCAUUGAUGGUUGGUGCCUUAUAUCCUCUCUACAGCCGAUCAUGUGCCUUAUCUACACAGAGAGAUUUUCUCCAGGAGCAGGUCAACACCUUUGAGUUGUUCAAACUGGAAGUUAGAACUCUAGCCCAGGCUUUGUCAAGUGUAGACGAAAAGAAGCAAGAGGAAGCCAAGAUGAAGAAAAAACCAUUCAAAGGAUUGAUACGUGUAUUCCGGAAAGGUGUUAUUGCAAUUUUGGCAGCAAAUAGGCUCAAGAUUUUGGGCCAAUCAUGUGCCUCUCUUUUUACCUGGAUGGAAAGUUUCAAAGAAGGUAUAGGCAUGUUAGUGUGUACAGGAGAGCCCAAAGACAAGCAUAAAUUUCCAAAGCAUCAGAAGGAGCAGUUACGUUGUUUGCAAGCGCUCAGUUGGCUUACCAGUUCUGACCUCCUAGCCGCAAUAAUCACCUCUAUGGCUGAGUUACAGGAAGUCAUUGGUAAAACAGAUCCAAAUUCCAGAAUUUGUGGACAUUUACUCAUAGGUGCAGCCAAGAAUUCUUUUGCAAAACUCAUGGAUAAAGUUAGUCUGGCCAUGGAGAGUAUACCUUUGCAUAGUAGCAGGAGUAUUACAUACAUAGAAAAAGAUUCUCUGGUUCAGAGGUUGGCUUGUGGACUUCAUAAAGUAAAUACGCUGGCCCUGAAGUAUGGUCUGCGUGGCCAUGUGCCCAUUUUGAAAAGCACAGCAUCAUUACAGAAGCAAAUAUUUGGAUUUACACAAAGACUGCACGCAGCAGAAGUGGAACGCCGCUCACUGCGCUUGGAGGUCACAGAAUUCAAACGAAACGUGAAUGAAAUGAAAAAGGAACUUGACAAAGCCCAGGGUCUCCAGAUGCAAUUAAAUGAAUUUAAGCAGUCUAAACUGAUCACCCACGAGAAGUUUGAAAGUGCAUGUGAAGAACUGAAUAAUGCAUUACUUCGGGAACAACAGGCUCAGCUGCUGCUGAACGAACAGGCACAACAACUGCAGGAGUUGAAUUAUAGACUUGAACUGCAUUCCAGUGAGGAAGCUGACAAAAACCAAACUCUAGGAGAAGCUGUUAAGAGUCUCUCCGAGGCAAAGAUGGAGCUGAGAAGAAAAGAUCAAUCUCUGCGUCAGCUCAAUAGACAUCUCACCCAGCUGGAGCAGGACAAGCGUCGGCUGGAGGAGAACAUCCACGAUGCAGAGAGUGCCCUCCGCAUGGCAGCCAAAGACAAAGAAUGUGUUGCUAAUCAUAUGAGAACAGUAGAAAAUAUGCUUCAUAAGGUCAGAGAUCAGAUCUCGCUGUCACGGACUACGGCAAGUAGGAAUGACUUCACCCUGCAGCUACCCAAACUGCACCUGGAGACCUUUGCAAUGGAGGGGCUCAAGGGCGGGCCAGAGGUGGUAGCGUGCCAGGCUAUGAUUAAAAGUUUCAUGGAUGUCUACCAGCUUGCAAGCGCUAGAAUUGCUACAUUAGAGAAGGAAAUGACAUCUCACCGAAGUCACAUUGCAACGUUGAAAUCAGAACUUCACACGGCUUGUUUACGUGAAAAUGAAAGUUUACAAUCACUAGGAUCACGAGACCAUUCAAAUCUCUCCAUUCCUUCAAGAGCUGCUCUUCCCGUGGAAGCAGUUGGUGUGGGGGAUUUCUUGCCAUUGCAAGCUGAACUGGAUACAACUUACACUUUCUUGAAGGAGACAUUGAUAAAUCCGCUGACGUCAUCUCACCCCUCUCCAGCGACUAUGUCUGCUAAUGCCAAACGACCAACUCAGAUUGGAUAAUGACUUUAUGAAAUAAAAAAAAAAAAAGGCAGGAAGAGUUAACAGCACAAUUAAAAUUGUUUUGAAGGGGGUUUUCUUAUCAGUUGAAUUUUGUUUCAGCACAAAUGGCAGUGGGUUUUUAAAAAUUGUGUGACAUCUUGAUGUGUGCAGGUACCUAUGUCUCCUUGAAUAAUGAAAUAACCAAAUUUUUCUUCUAAGUUUUAUUUAUGAUCACACUUGCUCAUUUUUAUGUAACAUAUUUUUAAAUGUUAAAGAAUGACACAUUUUGGGUAAUUUCCUUCAGACUUAAAAAAAUCAAUAAGCCAUUUUAGUCUCUAUCUAUCAAAGUUGUUUCAUACUUGUCUAUUUUAAAGCAGGACCGCAAUACUUUAAUAGGAUUGAAAGAGCUAUUUGAAAUGUAUGCCAAUGAUUCCUGUCAUUUCAUGGCAGCCCUGCCAUGGUUCACUGAGCCCCCUCUUCUCUCUUGUCAGCUCGGCUGAAGACAAGCAUUUAGUUGCAAACUUUAAGCAGGUUGUGCAAAACAGAAAUGAUGUGACUGCUUCCCCUCCUGCACAAUAAUGUCACUCCUGGUCAAUGUGAGAAGGUCAGGUUGCUCCUUGUAAAGCUACAUGAUACCACUUGCCCAUUUGAACAAGUUAAGUUAACUGCUGAAUCUGGUCCCUGCAGGCAUUGAAAACUCAUCCUUUUAUCAAGUCUGCAUUUGAUGAGAAAGUGGAGCGAUCGUGCCGGCAGGAUUUCUGUGGUAUGGUUAGGCACUUCAUAAGGACUGUGCCCACACGAGGAGAGCAGGUGAUACGAAAUAGUAUGAACUGAAAAACUUCAAGGUAACGGCUGUUUUGACCUUCAAAAGAGACUCCUUUUUUGUUUUGGUUGUUGGUAGGACCCAAGAGUGACGCCCAUCUUUGAUGCUGACAGAAUUUAAAACAAGGCCAUUGCCCUGCAUUUUCUGCCUUGUAGCACACAAAAGUAAAAUUGUAUGUCAGGCCGAGAUGUCGGGGAGCUGACAAGAUGCCCCAGUGACAUUUCAGCUAGAAAGAGCAAGUGUCUUGCAACCAAGUGGUCAAAUAUCAAAUAAUAGGUCAAGCAGGAAGGAGCUGAGUUCUAACCACAAAGAGGUUUCUGGUAACUUACUUGACAAGCUUUUGGGCGCUUUGUGGCUUGACAAAGUGAUGUUCUGUUGGGUAUCGCUAGACAGACUGUUCUUUAUCGCCUUCAGAAGAUCAGACAUUGACAUUGAUUAAACUCUUUAACCCUUAAAGGUUAAAUCCUUGCAGUUUGCAUCAUGGUAAGUGAAGAACAAAGAAAUAUCUGUAAUAUGUAUUUGUUUUUGUAUUAAUCGUUUAACUCCCCCAGUGCUAUUAACUUCUGAUGUGAACUGUACUUUCUGACAGAAUUUUGAUACAAAAAUCCAUAUUUUAUAUUAUUUUUCACAAUGGAGUUUUUCAUUAUGGAUACAUUUAGAAAAUAACAGUAUGUAUUAUGGAAUCUAUCUUGUCUUGUUUUGACAGUGACAUUUGAUCCAAAUAAGACCCAACUUCUGAGAAUUCUUUCUAUUGGCCUUGGUAAAUAAAAUUUGUAUACUAACUAUUGAUGUUAUUAGCCAAAUUAGCCAAAUGAUUUUUGCCAUCAGAGGUGAAAUUAUUACUGUCCUACCGUGUAACACAAUCCUGUUUCUUACAGUACUGAGCCAGCAUAAUUAGCUUUAGAUAAAUAUUUAGAAAGCUGUUUAUGUGAGGUAAAAUUACAUCUUUAACCAAAUUUCUGUUAGUUCUUUCCCUGGAAUUAUUUUCAUUAACCAUGCCGGGUUUUGAAUAUUAUAGAACAUGCCCUGUAUAACAUAACACGUGUGUGAAAUUCCACUCGAAAAUUUACUGUAACACAGAAAAUGUUAUUGAUUGUUUUUGUAUGGAUCAUAGGAUAAUUUCUGCGCAUUUCAAAACACUUUCUUCUGUCCUUCCAUACAAUGAUUAAGACAUGUCUGUAUAGAAAUUGAUAUACAGCUUUGCAGUUCAUGUGAUGUGACAUCCCCUCCAAUUCCCACACUAUAGUAAAACAGCGUUACCCUGUAUCACUUACAUGUCUUUGUGUGUGUAGGUUCGUGUUGAAUCUGUUUCCAGAGUUUACUAAUUUAAGAGGAACGAGAACCUCUGUAAACUUAGCCUUGGGCAGUUCUGGGUUUUUCUUGCCUUCAUUUUACCAUCUGUUAAUGGGAUAACACCAAAAAUAAAUGUAUAUGUC